UAAAGGAGCCUGGGCGCCGGGAGCCUUGGCGACGCGCGGCACUCGGCUCCUUGGCGGCGCGUGGGGCGGAAGGGGGUCAGAGUGGGUCUCCGUCGUGUGCCGUAGCCAUGAAGAUCGAGGAAGUGAAGAGCACCUCGAAGACGCAGCGCAUCGCCGCUCACAGCCACGUCAAGGGCCUCGGGCUGGACGAGGGCGGCGCCGCUAAGACCGCGGCCGCGGGGCUGGUCGGGCAGGAGAACGCCAGGGAGGCAUGUGGAGUUAUUGUGGAAUUGAUCAAAAGCAAGAAGAUGGCUGGAAGAGCUGUGUUAUUAGCUGGACCUCCUGGAACUGGCAAGACUGCUUUGGCUCUAGCUAUUGCACAGGAAUUGGGUAGUAAGGUUCCCUUUUGUCCUAUGGUUGGAAGUGAAGUAUAUUCAACUGAGAUUAAGAAAACAGAAGUCUUGAUGGAAAAUUUCAGAAGAGCGAUUGGGUUGAGGAUUAAAGAAACCAAAGAAGUUUAUGAAGGUGAAGUCACAGAAUUAACUCCUUGUGAAACUGAGAACCCAAUGGGAGGAUAUGGCAAAACCAUUAGUCAUGUUAUUAUUGGACUCAAAACUGCAAAAGGAACCAAACAGUUGAAGUUGGACCCUAGCAUCUUUGAAAGUCUGCAGAAGGAAAGAGUUGAAGCUGGUGAUGUGAUUUACAUUGAAGCAAACAGUGGAGCUGUCAAGAGACAAGGUAGGUGUGACACCUAUGCAACAGAAUUUGACCUUGAGGCAGAAGAGUAUGUUCCCUUACCAAAGGGUGAUGUGCACAAGAAGAAAGAAAUUAUCCAGGAUGUCACUCUUCAUGACCUGGAUGUGGCCAAUGCCAGGCCCCAGGGUGGGCAGGAUAUACUUUCUAUGAUGGGACAACUGAUGAAGCCUAAAAAGACUGAAAUCACAGACAAGCUUCGAGGAGAGAUCAACAAAGUGGUGAAUAAAUACAUUGAUCAAGGUAUUGCAGAGUUAGUCCCUGGUGUCCUCUUCGUGGAUGAGGUUCACAUGCUGGAUAUUGAGUGCUUCACAUAUUUACACCGAGCACUGGAAUCUUCUAUUGCUCCGAUUGUCAUCUUUGCUUCUAACCGAGGGAACUGUGUAAUCAGAGGUACAGAAGAUAUCAUUUCCCCUCAUGGUAUACCACUGGAUCUUCUGGACAGAGUGAUGAUAAUUAGAACCAUGUUAUAUACACCACAAGAAAUGAAACAGAUCAUAAAACUUCGAGCCCAGACAGAGAGUAUUAAUAUUAGUGAAGAGGCAUUGAAUCAUCUUGGGGAAAUUGGCACCAAAACAACAUUAAGGUAUGCUGUGCAGUUACUCACCCCAGCAAAUCUGCUAGCAAAGAUAAAUGGAAAAGAGAGCAUAGAAAAGGAACAUGUUGAAGAAAUAAAUGAACUCUUCUACGAUGCCAAAUCCUCAGCUAAAAUCCUGGCUGAUCAGCAGGAGAAAUAUAUGAAGUGAAGAAGUUUAUUCACCUUUGUAGUUUUCACAUCCUCCUAUUAACUUAAUCCAAGUGCUUCAAAGAAGCAGCUAAGAGAGAUGUUAACUUGCAUUGGACCUGAAAAGCUCCUGAGUGUCUUUUUUCCAGGAUGUCGAAUCUUCUUUGUUGCUCCAUUAUUGAAAUGAAACCAGUGAUAUCUUUGCCUGUAGCAUCCUAGUGUUUGUUAUCUUGGGUGCCUCUUUCAAGUGGAUGCAUAUUGGCAUACCUUUGUAUCUUUCAGAUUUGAUUGCUAAAUUGCUCAGAACUGAGCAGGUAAUAGUCUAUACUUUUAGAUUUUGUAUUAAAGUUGAUUAAGAAGGUGUUUAUUGUUUGGCUUGUUUGUUUAAAGAGAUCUGACUAAUGAGAAAGUUUUGUUGAGAAUAAUUUGAUAAAGAUAUAUUAUUGCCUGCUUUUUAAUGUUCUAGAUUCAAAACUGAAGUGUUACUUGUGGUAUUUUUGCAGUAGAAGUACAUGUCAAGCAAUGAUGUUUCAGAGGAGGAGGAGGAGAUGCUAGAGUGGGACCUGCAGUAGGAUGGCAAGUGAUGCUGGGAUGGAAUGGAUAAUGGGGCAUUUAGUUCAAUCCUCUCAUCCUCCUCGGUGUGAGUCAGGUAGAAAGUGGCUUGCAGAACCUAGUAAGCGUCAAAUGCUUUGCAUAAAUAAAUCACAUUUAUGGGUUAACCUGAAA